UGAUGAGUCUGAUGUAUGGCCUGAUAAAAAUCAUGAGAUCACAAUGACUUGGCGUUUUUUUGUACAUAGAAACAUGACUCGUUCUUUUAUUUUUAUUAUUAAUGUUCGUAGCGAUUGUGUUUGGCCAAUAUUUAUACAGGAGAAAUCAAGCGGUUAUACUCAGUACUAUGGCUGAAAAUGUAGAUUUAAUAUCGUUCGGUAAACAUUGUCAUGUGAAGGAUUGUAAAAAGUUAGAUUUUCUUCCAUUUAAAUGUACUUUUUGUCAAGAAUAUUUCUGCCUUGAACACAGGACAGCAUCUUCUCAUCAAUGCCCUAGAAAUUACGUCACUGAUGUUCAAGUACCAGUAUGUCCACUGUGUGGACAGAUGGUGAAGAAAUCAAGACAUCAGGAUGCUAAUGUUCAGGUUGCCUAUCAUAUUCAAAGUGGUUGUAAAGAAUUGGUUGUUAAUCAAAAGGUCAAAAAAGAGGGGAGAUGUUCUUUCAAAGGAUGCAAAAAACAUGAGAUGAUUCCUUUUACAUGUGAUCAAUGUCAUAGACAGUUUUGUGUGAGGCAUAGACAUGCUCAAGAUCAUCUUUGCCAUGGAAAUAUUCUUUAUCCAGUGGUUACAUGUGCAUAAAUUACUAUCUUAGAUGUGCAAGUUGAAACAACUGUUAAUAGCAAAGUUUUAUUAUGUUUUAGGUAUUAUUUAUUUGAUAACAACAUGUAAUGAGUUGUAAACAUUUAUUAAAUUUUAUAGCUCAAUUUUUUAAGUUAA